GUCCCCAGUCUCUGAACACAAGUACAAACAUCCUCCAGGACGCACGGAUGGAGGACGCGCGUAAAAGCUACCGAGCUGCUUUAUUUCAAACGUGAACGACAGCGUUGAAUUCCGUUAGCGUGUCCAGUAGUAAUGUUUGGACUUUUCUUUGUUUUCUAGGUGCUGUUCAGCAGGUACAGCGGGGGUUUUAUUCGCUGUAGCGAUCCGGAGGCGUGUUUCCUUAUGAUGCUCGGAUAUCUCAGAAGUGUAUGCUCCCCGCUUUGGAUACAUAAUGCAAGGAUUUGUGACGGAUUAAACAAGGACGCUGCGUAAAGGAAAACCUGAUCUCACCAGUGUGGCCAGUGACGCUUAUUUGAAUCCUCCAAAGUGCGGAAUGGGGCCGUCAUCUACACUGCUUAUCGUUGCUUUUUUGGGCUGGGCUGAAGGUGGUUCAUCUCUUCACUACUCAGAUGGUCGAUCCAGCCGUCUCUCUCUGGAGAAAACCUUUGGCCGGUCGCUCAAAGACUCCCAGUGCCAACACAUGUUGAAGCACCUUCACAAUGGAGCCCGAAUCGCUGUGCAGAUGCCUCCCAACGUAGAGGGUCACUGGGUGUCCACCAGCUGUGAGGUGAGACCAGGCCCGGAGUUCCUGACACGCUCCUACAGUUUCUACUCCAACAACAGCUUUGAAGCUCACCAGUUCUACUACGAGGACAACCACUGCACCAAACCCACCUACACUCUGGUGAUCCGGGGUCGUCUGCGCUUACGCCAGGCCUCCUGGAUCAUCCGCGGCGGUACAGAGGCGGAGUACCACCUCCACCGGGUCCAGAUGGUUUGUCACACAGCCACUGUGGCCAAAGAGCUCAGCCAGAGGCUCAACCGCAGCUGCAGAGGGGCCGUUAAGGGCCCCUGGGAGCCCAGUGUGAUCUACUCGCUGUGGAGUGAGGAGGGCGGCUACGACUGCUCCAGGGAGCUUAACUUUGCCAUGCAUGAGCUGCAGCUGCUGAGGGUGGAGAAGCAGUACCUGCAUCACAACCUGGAUCACCUGGUGGAGGAGCUGUUUCUAGGAGACAUCCACACGGAGCCAUCCCAGAGGCUGUACUACAAGCCGUCCAGCUACCAAACCGCCCUGCAAAACGCCAAGAACCAUGACCACGGCUGCAUCGCCUGUCGUAUCAUCUACCGCUCAGAUGAGUUCCACCCUCCCAUCCUGCCGCCGCGGGCUGACCUGACCGUCGGCCUGUACGGUCAGUGGGUGAGCCAGCGCUGCGAAGUUCGUCCUGAGGUCCUCUUCCUCACCCGUCACUUCACCUUCCACGACAACAACCACACCUGGGAGGGCAACUACUACCACUACUCUGACCCCGUCUGUAAACACCCCACCUUCACCAUCUACGCCCGCGGACGCUACAGCAGAGGGCUACACUCCACCCGCGUCAUGGGUGGGACAGACUUUGUCUUCAAGGUGAACCACAUGAGAGUAACUCCCAUGGACUUUGCCACCACCUCCCUACUCAACGUCUUCAAUGGUAACGAGUGUGGAGUGCAGGGGUCCUGGCAGGUCGGGGUGGAGCAGGACGUCACCUUAACCAACGGCUGCGUGGCAUUGGGCAUCCGUCUCCCCCACACAGAGUACGAGCUUUUCCGCAUGGAGCAGGACGCCCACGGCCGCUACCUGCUCUACAACGGCCAGCGUCCCAGCGACGGCUCCAGCCCAGACCGGCCGGAGAAGCGGGCCACCUCCUACCAGAUGCCCCUGGUGCAGUGCUCGGCAAGCAGCCAGCCGUCCGAGUACAGCAGAACGGACGACAUCGACAGGCCUCUACUGCACCACAACGACUGCACAGGAUGGCACAGAGGCAGCCAGCAACACGUCACAGUGGCUCUCAUUGCAUUCAUCACGUCUCUGCUUCUCAGAUGGCAAAGCUAGAGAGCAGUUUUCUUUGUUUUUACAAAAAGACAAAAGUGUGGAUUAAAAGAACAGACAGCAAAGUAAACUUUCUACUUGUCUGAUGAGAAAAGAUGAAAACUGGUGUCCCUGAUCCUCUGAACUCCCACCCAGCUCCCAAAGACUCGACACUGCUGCACCACAGAAACUUUAGCACUUUAGAGUGGAACCAAAGACCAACCUGUCUGUGUUUCCACAAGUAUACAAAGAUGUCUAUAUAGCCACACAGACCUAAGAGUAUGUUUUAUACAGUGUAUUUACAGUAAGUACCUACACCUAUCAAGUCAUUUUCAACUGCAGAAAGACUAUUUGAUGUGUGGAAACUUUUGACCGUACGCUCCCUGUCUCGAGAAGAUGUACUUGGGGAUAGUCUCCGUUUGCAGUAAAAGGGAACGACACUACUUAUAUUACAGCAGUUUCUUUACAUGUUAAAAAUCAAUUGCUGACAUUAGGAGAAACUCAUAAGAGGUCAAACCAGGAGGAUAUACAUCAUGUUAGAAUAAAGUAAAUUCCAUGCAUUCUAAAGAGACAUUUUUUUAUUCACUAACUGGUCAGAGAACUCAAUUUCCUUUGGGGCUAUUUUGAAAUUAUAAUCAUACUCAGAUUGGGAAAUUGCACCUGGAAACUUGGCAUAUAAACUCUGUCUCAAUAACUGAAUACUUCAGAAACACUGUAAAAUUUGAAAUAAGACUGACUAAAUUCAAUAGAAUUGUUUGUUGUAAAUGUAUGAAAAUCACAAUCAAAUUAAUGCAUUGAACGGUGUUCCAUUGUUGUGCUUACAUGCACAAAAUGCCUCACGUGUGUAGUAAUUUGUGUGUUCAAUUUGUUUGGAAUCAAACAGUUUUGCAAAAAUUACUACAGUAUGAUCUCCUCGCAAUAUGAUUCCAAUACCUAUACUGUAAAUGAAAAUAUUUAAUUGUUGCCCAGUCAAUUUACAGCUGUAACUGUUUAUUUUAUAAAAUAUGUCUGGGUCCUUUUUCGGGGAGAGUUGUAGCUUAACUCUACAAUUAAAAUGCAGAUACUAUCAUUCAUUUUCAUAGUUAACUAUGUUGGCAGUCCGUGCAAGAAUUUACUAUAUGAAAAUACUGUAGGUAUUUGUGCUGACAGGAAGUGUAGCUUGGAUUGCACCUUCGGACAUAUCAAACUGCAACUUUGGAUUUACUACCAGUUUCAAACUGGAAAUAGUAAGAUAUUUUGUUCCUCAAUUUAAAAAAUAAUUACUGCAUUACCAUCUGCCCUUUUUAUCACUUUUUUCCUAAGCAUAUAUAGGCCCUUGUUUUUGUAAACUGUUGAUUAUCUGUCAAGACCUUACAUAAAAAUAUCUAAACUAUUCAAGAUCGUGCUUGUAAGUAAAGUUUGUUGUAACAACAAAUGUAGAAGACCGAGGUUUUUGGGGUAAAUAUUCCCUCCACUUUCUAAAACUGUGGUCUAACAUAAAUAACUGGGCAUGUCUGUAAUUGUAACAAGAAUAGUUUCUGGUUACGAAGCCCUGAAUAGUAAUUCAUGUCUUACCUGUCCAGAUUGUGAAGCUCCUUGAAAAGUCUUCCAGUAAGGAAUCUUUGAAAUGACAGAAAACUAGAUUAGUGCUCUUUGCUCCUCAAGGUUGUUUCUAAUUUUGUGAGUCAAACAAUUUCAGAAUACCUUUUAAAUAGGAUUAAGGUCAUCAGGUGUGGCACUGUAUCAGCAACCCUUUAGUGGUCCACUGGGAUCUCGUUUUUAAUAUUAAUGAAGGUCACCGCAAUCGUCACCCUCUGGAUGGGAGACUAGUACCCGUUUGCUCCUACACCCAAUAACUUUCAGAUUGUUGAAGGACAAAUGCAUCACAGCAUACUCCAUUUCUGGAAUAGAAAACUUAAACAGCCAGUUUUUUUUUCAGACUGAAGAACCUGUGUUAAACUCCAAGAAAUGUCUUUUUGUAACUGGAUACAUGUAUAAGAUUAAAGGUUUGAUACUCUUGAA